AUGUUUGCCUCCACUGCAAUGCACCACAAUAUUCCAUCAUGCCCUCCUCUCGAACAAAGAUCCUAUUCGGAAAGCAGUGAUGACUCCAUGCAAUCGGCUUUCGGAUAUUUUGAUAACACCAUGUACACCAUGGCGGCGACCGAUCUGCCCAUGACCCAACCUUCCUUCGAACCAUCCUCCUACGACUCCACCUCCUUCACAUCAUCCGUCAAUUCCUCCCCUUUCAACGCCUACUACAACUUCACUCCUUCUCUCAUGUACUCGCCGGAAACAUACACUUUCCUUCAAACACAAACACCUCCGGUGCCUGUACCGGGCGGGGAAUGGGUUGCACCGCAAUCCACCACUCCCAGCACUGAGGUCGUAUACUCUCCCGAAGAGACUUGCGACGCAUUAGACAACUCUAGACCCGUCAAACCCUUCUCGUGCCGCGACUGCGGCAAGGCGUUCACACGUCCCGCCGACCUGAAACGGCAUCACACCAGCGUCCACAACCCCGUGUUUCAGGACUGCCCAGUACAAGAAUGUCUGCGCAAGGAUGGCAAUGGGUUUCCGCGUCGCGACCAUCUGAUUGAACACCUGCGCUCGUUUCACCACUGGGACGUCCCUAAGCGUCGGACGACCAAGCGGUCGCGAACCGAUUAG